AUGGACGUGUGCCCAAGCAACUACGACCGGAAUGAGGUCACAAAUACGUGCUGGACAGAAUGUCCCAUGGACUACCCUGUUGAAUGCGGCAUGGAGUGUAUCCGGCAAAAUGAUGACUGCGGAAUCGAGGUGGCCAGCAAAAAGGUUUGGUGGGCUGCCAGAUGCACUAAUUCGAUGCUACUGGUUAUGCGAGGCAUUUUUCGAUACAUUCGCACCAUGAAAGCCGAAGACCCGCAAGCGACCGACCGCAAGCUGCUCGUUUUGCUGUUUCAGACGAGCACUGUGGUGACGGAUUUACCUAUCGCAAUUACCGUUUGCAUGAGGAGACCCGUGUCCCCGAAUCUCCGUCAUUCCCAAUUCGUGCUGUCCACGUCCCAGUGGGUACUAAUGCAAGCUCUGGCUAAUGACGAUAGUAUCAUUACAAGUUGGCGGAAAUUCCGCGCCUUUCUUAAAGGUGCCAACUUCACUGAAGCCGCCGAAGAGAUCACUGAGGGUGAAAUUGAGUCGCUCGAGACGGCCAUGAAGCAAAACACGAGCUGUGCCGGAGAUCUCAAGUCCCUAAUGGACCGAGCAUGGUUUACCAUGAGCGAAUAUAAAGAAGAUAACCCAGCUAUCACGGACGAUGAUAUUCGACUUAAAAUGAGUGAAUCCGACCUCGUGCUCUACGACGUACCCAUCGUGACAAACAACUGUAUGCAUCAGAUGAUCGCCGAGUCGAGUCUGUCGACAGCUUACAAGACUCGAGAGGUCUUACGCAAGACGUUCGCAGUUAUCUUAAACGACCUCAUUAAAGCAGGGAAAAGUGACAAUGGGACGUCCUACGAUGAGAAGAAAAAAACGUAUAGAGUAGUGGACCUUGCAUUCGCUGGCGCCGCUGCAACGUUGCUCGACCCAACUCGUAUCACGCUGUUCUUCUCCGAGUAUAUUCAGACAAUUUGUGGACCCACUCAGUUUAUGGGAGAGAUCGACGACGGUACAGAGCCUGCAACGUUGGGCUUGAACAUACUUCAAGAUGCGUUCAGAGGGAGUACCAGCUCUUGGACUAAGAAGGGAGACGGGGCAGUCAUCAUCAACUUCAAGAGUUCAGACACGAAAGACGUGACCGUAAACAUUAUGUCUGGAGGGGACAGAUUCGAUGAAGUCGACGUCAAAGCAGGAGGAACUGCCCAAUGGAACUCAACGGUUAAAGCGCUUGGUGGUAAAACGCUUUACCUUGGCCGCUGGCGUCCAGGGUUUCUCGGUCUACCGAGCACGGGAGGUGGGUCACUUGUCCUGUGGGUGCCCAGAUCUUCUCAAGGAGGACAUUUAGAAAUUGAAGCGAAACUUAACGUGAGCUAG